CAACGGGGUUUCGGGGCUGUGGACCCUGUGCCAGGAAAGGAAGGGCGCAGCUCCUGCAAUGCGGAGCGGCCAGGGCAGUGGGCACCAGGCUUUAGCCUCCCUUUCUCACCCUACAGAGGGCAGGCCCUUCAGCUCCAUUCUCCUCCAAGGCUGCAGAGGGGGCAGGAACUGGGGGUGACAGGAGAGCUGUAAGGUCUCCAGUGGGUCAUUCUGGGCCCAGAGAUGGGUGCUGAAGCUCCCACGCCUGCCUGUGAAAAUGGAGUCCUCUCUCACCUGGGAGAGCCAGGUGCUGCCCCGAGAAGGAUGCAUUUAUGGCUUCAUGAAGUCUUUCCUGACCCCCGAUGCUGCUGACUAUAGAGACAAAGUCUCACUAUGUUGCUCAGGCUGGUCUUGAACUCCUGGCCUCAAGCGAUCCUCCCACCUUAGCCUCCCAAAGUGUUGGGAUUAUAGACAUGAGCCACUGCACCUGGCCGACCUUGGGCAAGUUCUUAAACCCUUCAAAGCCUCAUUUUUCUCCAAUCAUAAAAGGGAAAGAUGGUAAUAUUUUCCCCGCCAAAUUCUUGUCGGAUGCCCUCACAGAAUUGAGAUUAUGUACGCAAAACACCAGGUGCCUAACCCGGCACAGAGCAGGAGGGCUAAGCGUGACAUCCAGCACGUGGUCAGUGGAAUCCAGUAUUCCUACCCACCUCUCUAGUCUCCCCUCCACCCCGCUCCCUUUCAGAGGCACCAAGCUGCUUGUGGUCUUGUCUAUUCCCACUCCCUGCCUGACUGAACAUUUUCUCCACCUCCUGAUCAUCAGCAGCAGAAACUGGCUGCUCUUCCUCCUGGGUAGACAGCCAGACUGUAUUUCCCAGCUGCCCCUGCAGUGAGAUGUGGCCAUUGGAGCCAGCAUUGGCCAAUGGACUCUGCAUGGGAGUGACGCAUGCUGCCUCCAGGCUUGUCCCUAAAACCUCCCACGUGUCCUCCGCCUGCUCUUCCCACUUCCAAGGAGCACGGCAAUUGUGGAAGACUCAGAUUAGUGAUGGCAGAACCAUAGAUGGGAGGAACCUGGGUCCCUGACUUAAAGUAUCAUGGAUUUGGAUGUUCCCUUAGUGAGAAAUAAACUUCCAUUGUGUUUAAGCCUU